AUGGCGGAAACUACAGAUUCUAAAGAUGGUUUGGAUAAAAAUCUGGAAGAUUUUGAAAUACAGGAAGUUCUACGAAAAGGUACCGAUCUUCGAGAAUAUGCAUUGCAAAUUGAUAAGGGCAUAAAAGAAGCAGAAAAAAACUCCAUAGCAGACUAUCUAAAAGAAAGUGAAAAUAUCACUUCCCUUCAUAAUCAAAUAGAAGAAUGUGAUAAUAUACUUUCACGGAUGGAAAAUAUGCUUACUGUGUUCCAGAAUGAUUUGGGCAGUAUUAGUAAUGAAAUAAUAAGUUUGCAAAAGCGUUCUGUCAACAUGUCAGUACAGCUAUCAAAUAGACAAGUCUUAAAAGGUCCUCUUUCCUCCUUUAUAGAAGACAUGGCAGUAUCUGAAACUCUAAUAUUUGGGAUCAACAGUGUUCCUGUGACAGAUAAAGAAUUUAUGGUUCAGCUGGCUAUACUAAAUCAAAAACUCAACUUUGUAAAAGAACAGGAAUUCAAAGAGACAAAAGCUUGCCAUGAUGUCAAAGAUGUUCUUGAGAAAUUAAAGAUUAAAGCAGUCUCCAAAAUAAGGACCUACAUACUUGAGCAAAUAUAUAAAUUUCGAAAACCUAUGGCCAACUAUCAAAUUCCACAGAAUGCAAUGUUAAAAUACAAAUUUUUCUUUGAAUUUGUGUUGGCUAAUGAAAGAAAUGUUGCCCAAGAAAUAUGUAAUGAAUACAUUGAUACAUUAAGCAAAGUAUACUAUUCAUAUUUUAAAUCUUAUGCAUCAAGACUUGAUAAACUUAAAUAUGAAGAAGCUCCUACAAAGGAAGACUUAAUGGGUAUUGAAGAUGGUUCUAAAGGGGGUUUCUUUCAAAAAUCUAAUUUAAAGAAUAAAAGUACCAUCUUUACUAUUGGUAAUAGAGGGGAUGUUUUGGCUCAACAACUUGAAGCACCAAUAAUAGUACCUCAUGUGCAACAAAAAAUAAAAUAUUCCUAUGAAGCUUUAUUUCGAAGUCUGCAAUAUGCUCUCGUAGACAAUGGCUGCAGAGAAUAUUUAUUUACGACAGAGUUUUUCCAUGUAAAAGGAAGCCAUGCUCAAGAAUUGUUUGAUAGAAUUCUUGGAAAGACUUUGUCGUUACUAGUGAAAAGUGUAGAGAAUUAUGUACUAGAAUGUUAUGAUUGUUUAGCAUUAUUUUUAUGCAUUCAACUUAUCAAUCGCUAUAGAUGGAUGUGUCAUAAACGAGCUGUGGGAGCAUUAGACAGCUAUUGGGAUUCGUUAAAUACAACCUUGUGGCCAAGAUUAGAAUAUGUCCUAAAAUUAAAUAUACAAAGUGUGAGAGAAUGUAAUCCAGCAAAGCUGUCCAACAAAGAAUUAGGACCCCAUUAUAUUACUCGUCGGUAUGCUGAAUUUUCUGCUGCAAUGUUAAGUCUGAGCGAACAAUUCCCUUCCGAAGAACUUAGCAAUCUUCUUCUAGUCCUUCAAGAUGAAGUUCAUUGUUUUUUACUAAAAAUGGCAGCGGAGUUCCCCCAAAGAAUCCAGCAACUGAUAUUUCUUAUUAACAAUUAUGACAUGGUUCUAAGUAUACUGAUGGAACGAACGAGAGAUAACACUAAAGAAGCAGAAAGUUUCAGAGAACAGUUACAAGCUAGAAGCACUGAAUACGUUGAGGAAAUACUAAGUCCACAUUUUGGUGGAAUGAUGCAGUUUGUUAAGGAGGGAGAACAAUUACUUGAGGGUGAUAACAAAAGCCAACUGGCAAGUUUGGAAAGGAGAUCUUUACCUUUAGUUGCAUCGUUCAGUGCAGGGUGGAAACAGAGUCUUGAAGAAAUCCACAGAGAAGUACUUGUCUCAUUCCCUAACUUAGUUACUGGAUCUGGACUGCUGCAAAUGGCAUUGACAAACUUCGUGCAGUAUUAUCAUAAAUUUGUGAAACUGCUGACUCCCAAUGCUAGGACGCAGCUAGUUAAUAUACACGUAAUUAUGGUAGAAAUAAAAAAAUAUAAAACUAAUUUUUAA